AUGUCUUCGAAAUCAACGUCCAAAAAGAAGGCAGCUUCAGGAGCCGAAUCUACGGUGACGAACAAUGCUGUUGCGAAAAAGAUCAAGGUGCCAAAGUGCUUCAUAGUUCGCCCUCAUGGUGUAGAGACACCUAAAACUAUCGCCAAUGUUUACCUUCAUCCCGAGAUAUUCAAUGCAUUAGAGUUUCGAAACGGACAACUUGUACACAUUUGCCCAUUAUAUGGCAAGCCGGGCUUGAUUGCCACUGUUUUGCCAAGUAAUGAUAUUACAACUGAAAAUGUUAUAUCCGUAUCGCAAAGCUUUAGAAAUCUUGGUGGGUUCAUUCUAGGUGAUCGCAUAGAAAUUUCCAAAUGUGAAUGGCAGCCAAAGUAUGCUUAUGACGUUUUAGUCUAUGUUGGUGGUGGUGGUGGUUGUGGUGGUGAUGAUGAUGAUGAUGACGACAACAACUCGAUCUCAAUAAAGCGGCUUCUUGAAGAUGUGGGACUUAUAUAUCCGGGCUUGAAGAUUCAGGAAAGCGGGAAAAAAGAAGUUAUAGUGUGUGAUGCUGAUAUUACCAUAGACAGCCAAGUGAACUCAUUGAGCAUUAAAGAUACUACGGAAAAUGUAUCUUCAACAGUAUCGCCUCCGUACCUUUUCACAUCCCAAACUUUGGUUGAAAGAACUACUACUGAAACCUCACCAUCUAGAUCAAAGUUCCCCAAUCUACCCAGACGAUUAACAUAUUUUGAGAUUGGAGGACUUUGCAAACAGAUAGAGACUUUAAAGUCAACAAUAGAAUUGCCAUUGCAUACUCCAACCUUGUUUUCUGAUUUUGGUAUUUCCCCUCCAAGGGGCAUUCUUUUACACGGCCCUUCUGGUGAGACUGAAAGUGCUUUGCGAAACAUAUUCGAAGAAGCCUUCAAGUUUCAGCCUUCCAUCAUUAUUAUGGACGAGAUUGACUCUCUCGCACCGUCCCGAACCUCAGAUGAUACUGGAGAAACCGAAAAUCGUGUAGUUGCAACAUUGUUGACCAUGAUGGAUAGCAUUGGCGACAAUGGUCAAGUAGUCGUUGUGGGUGCGACGAACAGACCGAAUUCUGUUGAUAUAUCUUUGCGAAGACCUGGCCGAUUUGACCAGGAAAUUGAAAUUGGGAUACCGGAUGCCGAUUCUCGUCAAGAUAUUUUGCAGAAACAGUUUGAAAAAAUGAAUAAAAACAAGUAUGCUUUAACUACAGAGCAGAUAGCCGCGGUAGCAUCUAAAACGCAUGGAUAUGUUGGCGCAGAUCUAGUUGCAUUAUGUCGUGAGGCAGUCAUAAAAGCAAUCAAUAGGGGGCUAGCUACACAAACACCACAGCAAGAAAUCGCGGUGACCUUUGACGACUUGAAUGAAGCCUUGACUGAAAUACGGCCGUCGGCUAUGCGUGAAAUAUUCUUAGAAACGCCAAAGAUUUAUUGGUCAGACAUUGGUGGCCAGGAAGAUCUCAAGCGGAAACUAAUAGAGGUGGUGCAACUACCUUUAGAGGCUGCUGCUUCGUUUAGUGCAUUAGGCAUCAACGCUCCAAAAGGUGUUCUUUUGUACGGUCCGCCGGGGUGCUCCAAGACUCUUACAGCAAAAGCACUCGCAACGGAAUCGGGACUAAACUUUUUGGCAGUAAAGGGCCCUGAGAUUUUCAAUAAAUAUGUUGGAGAGAGUGAGCGCACAAUUAGAGAAAUCUUUCGCAAAGCAAAAUCGGCGUCCCCAUCAAUCAUUUUCUUGGAUGAAAUAGAUGCAAUUGCUGGUGAUAGAGAUGGCGACGGUACUUCUGCAUCUAAAAACGUACUCACUUCUUUAUUAAAUGAAAUCGAUGGUAUCGAGGAACUCAAAGGCGUUGUAAUCAUAGGCGCAACUAAUAAACCAUCACAGAUUGACCCAGCCUUGUUGAGACCUGGUCGGUUGGACCGCCAUAUCUACGUUGGCCCACCUGAUUUGGAGGCCAGGCUACAAAUAUUGCAAAACUGUUGCCGCAAAUUCAACUUGGUAGAUGUUGAUUUGGAGUUGUAUGCUCGACUAAGUGCAGGGUGCUCAGGAGCCGAAGUUACUCUUUUAUGUCAAGAGGCUGGUCUCAACGCAAUUAUGGAAAAUAGAAAUACAAAACAUGUUGAAGAUAGGCAUUUUUCAAACGCAUUGAAAGGAAUUGCUAGAAACAUCACUCUGGAAAUGUUAGAGUACUAUAAAGAUUUUUCAAAAAAGGCAGGCUUGGAUAAAUAA